AUGAAUGCUGAAGAGUUUCGGGUCUACGGAAAGCAGAUGAUCGAUUACAUCUGUGACUAUGGGAAUACAAUCGAAGAUCGAGACGUUGCGCCGACAGUCGAUCCCGGCUUCUUGCGCCAGCUGUUGCCAGAUGAGGCCCCCCAGAAGGGUGAAGACUUCAAGCGAAUGCUCGAGGACGUCGAACGUAACAUCAUGCCCAAUAUGGUGCACUGGAAUCAUCCGCGAUUUUUUGCCUACUUCCCGUCCGGAAACUCGUACCCAUCGAUCCUGGGUGACAUGCUGAGCAGUGCCAUCGGGUCAAUUGGAUUCUCAUGGGCUUCAUCUCCGGCGGCUACUGAAUUGGAAGCGAUUGUAUUAGACUGGUACGCUAAAGCAUUGGAUCUGCCAGCUUUCUUUCGAACCGAUUAUCCUCACGGUAGCGGGGGUGGCGUUCUGCAGGGAUCGGCUUCGGAAGGUGCACUGGUUUGUAUGAUGGCCGCCCGGGCACGGGCCAUUAAGACACUUAAAGGAGACAACCAUGACGUACACGAUAGCGUUUAUCUGCCGCAGCUUGUGGCCUACGCUUCAAAGGAAGCACACUCAUCGAUAGAGAAGGCAGCCAAGAUGGCAAUCGUUCAAUUGAGAGUUCUCGAAACCGACAGUCAUGGGGUGUUUCGUGGAAAGACUUUACAGGAGGCUAUCGAGCGGGAUUUACAAAGCGGAUUGACACCGUUCUUUGUAGUUGCGACCGUCGGAACGACGUCGGCUUGUGUGUUUGAUAAUUUGGUUGAGAUUGGCGAAGUCUGUAAAAAAGUGUCAAGCAUCUGGUUCCACGUGGACGGAGCAUAUGCAGGAAAUUCAUUUAUCCUGCCAGAAAUGCGACGCUUCAAGAAUGGUUUAGAACAUGCCGAUUCGUUCAACACAAAUCCCAAUAAGUUAUUGCUAACCAAUUUCGAUUGUUCUGCCAUGUGGGUAAAGGAUGUCAAACUGCUCACGACAGCCUUGGCAGUGGAUCCCCUUUAUCUGCAGCAUGAUCAUAGAGGCGCAGUAGAUUUUCGUCAUUACGGAAUUGCUCUAAGUCGCCGAUUCCGAGCGUUGAAGCUGUGGUUCGUGUUUCGGACUUAUGGUAUCGUUGGUCUGCAAAAAUACAUCCGUAAUCACAUCGCGCUGGCUAAGCGCUUCGAAUCUCUCGUACUGAUGGAUGAUCGAUUUGAAGUACGUAAUGAUGUCAACCUCGGACUGGUUUGCUUCCGUUUGAAGCAACCGGAUCGCAUUAAUCGUGAUCUACUCGCUCGCAUCAAUCAUUCCAAGAAGUUUCACAUGACACCGGCCAUGGUUGCAGGCAAAUAUAUAAUUAGAUUUUGCGUUACUUACGAGCACGCUACUCCUGAACAUAUAGAUUACGCUUGGGAAGAAAUCAAAAACUUUGCCGAAGAAACAUUGGCGGCGGAGGAUAUCGACAAAGUUGACAAACAACCGAUUAAUAAGAAAGCACCGAAGAAGCUCACCCGCAGCAUGUCCACUCGGUUCUCCUUCACACGCAGUGUGUCACGCGAGAUUUACGAGCGACAAAACAGCCGUGAACGUUUGCUCUCCAGUUCGCAGCUCACGGACGGUGCCACCCCAAUCGUUAUCAUCGAUACCGAUGAAAUCCUGCAGAACCUGCAGCGGGCGUCGAGGUUGAACGGAUCGGAUCGGCCAUCCAGCCAGGCGGAACUGUACGAAACGGAUAGCACGGACGAGGCAAGCAACUGA